AUGACUACCAAUGUUUUAUCUGCCGAUAACUGUCCAGCGACCAACAAUAAUGCGCCAACAUCUGUUUUAAUGUGGCUCGAUCCUACUGUGAAUAAUGUCGAAAAUUCAGAUGCACAGAAAAAAUUAGCUACGAUAUACACUAGUUUUAAAAAAUUUCAAUCUGUUGAAGAUUGUGAAGAUGCUAUUCGACAACUGACCGGGUUGAGUCGAGUUAUUCUUAUUGUGAGUGGAGGAUAUGGCAAAGAUUUGGUACCUCGUAUCCAUGAUUUGCAACAAGUAUCGUCAAUUUACGUCUUCUGUUUGCAACAAGAGAAAUACAUCGAAUUGGCAAAACAAUAUGACAAGAUCAAAGCGAUUAUUGUUGAUUUGAAUGUACUCACUUCAAUAAUUGAGUCUGAUUAUGAACAACGAAUGAAUGAGAAAAACCCAUCUCUUAUCAAUAUCCCCGAUAUCAAUCCCAAAACAGACAACAAUGUUGGUGCGUUUCAGCAUACCUUUAAACAUCUUGUCAACGCUGGCGAACUUCAGUACACUGAAAUUACGAUGAAAGAUAUUGCAACAAACGUUGUGAGCAGAUUCUUACGUGAUCCUGGUCGUGAUUUUAAUGCAUUUGUUUUGGAAACUCUGCAACCAAUCAUGUAUUUGCUAAAACGGGAACAAAAUCUAACAGAUUUUACCGGUCCACUCAAGCGUUUACUUGCGAAAGAAAAGAAAAUACCAUGUGCUGUUAGUCAGCGCUUUCUAAUUGAUACUAUGAUGAUAAAUUCAGAUCGAUUUCUCUGUCGAUGUUUAGUAUCUCUUCUUAGCAAAUGUAAUCCUAUACCAAUGAUACAGCCUCCUAUCGACUCCAAGAACAACAAAUAUCGUUCGAUACCAAAUAUCAUUCAUAUAUGGGAUUAUCAACGACCCAUCUUACUUUCAUUUGGUAUAGGUAGAUUUAAAGGAAAAACUUCACUAAUCAAUGCUGUUUUCGAAAGUAAUUUUGAACAAUCUAUGAAAGAUAAAUAUUUUUAUCAGACGAUCGAUGUUGAUUUUGGCUACAAUUUUGUUCAACGACGUCCUGUAAAUAUUGCAGAUACUCAUGGUGAACUCUCGAACGAAACUCUCAAUGAAAUAUCGAUGAUAUUCAAUGGUUUUCUUGUUCAUGUCGAAUCGACUUAUCUAUGUUCGAAUGUAUCGAAAGUGAUCGAUUACGUCAAAUUGGCCUCAAAUAAAAGCUAUGUUUUACUGCUCAUUCGUGAUGUAGAAGAUGAAAAUGAUGAAGAUAUACAAUCAGCUACCAAAGCUAUACAUUAUGCUUGUUCAAAUUGCCAAAUUCAGUUUUUGCCAAACGUCAGCGACAAGAGCACAGAUGAAAACAAAGAAAAAGUUGGUGAUCUUCGUGAAAAAAUCUGUAGGGACUCAGUUAGCUUUCAGUGUUUAAAUGAGAACUCAAUUCGGGAGUAUCUAGAAAAACUAAUGAAUGUUACUGAAAAAACAACUAUUGAACAAGACAAAGCUUUCAUUAAUCGAAUUCGACCCAUUCUGAUUAAUGGCAACAAAGAUGAUUAUCCGUUAUACUCUUUAUACAUAAAUAUGUGUAGGACAAGAUUAGAAGUCGUCAAAAUUGAUUCAUAUGGAAAAGAUUUUCAAAACGAUAAACUCUAUAAACUUAACAAUGAAUUGUUUAAAGCUGAUUCUGAAUUCAAACGACAACUGCAACUGGGCCCUCAUCAAUAUGGAUCUGGAUUCAGGCUCUUCUUGGAAUUGCUUGACAGUCAAGAAUCCCGAUUAGCUUAUUUGAAUUUAUUAUCAAUGGAGUUGAAACGUGAAAGAGAAAAACAGACGAUGAAUCGCGAAGGCGUGCCGUUUUAUGAGCAACUUUCAUUGGAAAUUCACUGGCGUAAUGCAAUUAUCGGUUCACCUUAUCUAUCCGACGCUAAACAACAAAUACUUGUCGAUGCAUAUCGAGAUUAUAUUGUCGCAGGAAAUCCGUUCGAAAUAGUCGAUGGCGAUAAUUUCGAAAUGCAAGGCGAUUUCUUAAAAAAAGGUGUUCCGACUGCUUCCUAA